AUGGGUGGUGGUGGUGGUGGCAAUGAUCAUGAUGGGGAUCAUGUGGAUGUGGCUUGUGUGGUUCAGGAGGGCCAUGGGGAGGUGAAGGGGGUCCUGGCUGAGGAGGAGGAGGGCCAUGGCCGCCUUGGGCUGGAGGAGGAGGUUGACCAGGAGGACCAGGAGGACCAGGAGGACCUGGAUGACCAUGCCCGUGCCCCUGCGGUGGUGGUGGAUGGUCUGGCAUAUUUCUCGAUCUCUAUAAAGCUGGAUUAA